AUGUCUGCUACUAACAAGAACAACCAUGAUGAUGGUGAUGAAACUUCUAAACGGGCUGCAGGUCGCCACGGUUUAGGUAGGGGUAUUCUAUAUCAGUAUCAAGGUUUUUGGCGUUCCGAUGUCGGAAUAGAAAGCCUCAAGUACUUUCAACAGAAUUUCAAAGCUUUACAUACUGAUUUGAUAAUAGCAACACUGCCUAAAUCAGGCAGCACUUGGUUGAAAGCAUUAGCUUUUGCGGUCGUCAAUCGAAUCAAUUACCCUUGUUCAAACAAUUACCACCAACACCCACUGCUUACUGUUUCACCACAUGACCUUGUUCCGUUCCUCGAAUUUAAACAUGUUCUUCCAGAUCAUAGCCUUCUUGAUUUCACUAAAGCUAGUACUAAUACUCAUGACCAUGAUUCUCGACUUGUAGCUACUCAUGUCCCGUACGCUUCUUUAGCUGAAUCCAUCAAGAACCCAGCUACGAAUUGCAAAAUUGUGUAUUUAUGUAGAAACCCUCAAGACACUUUUAUCUCUUUGUGGAUGUUUAUGAAUAAAGUGAGACAUGUAGUGAAUAAUAACAGUAAAUUUCUAUCGAUAGAUGAGGCUUUUGAGUUUUUCUGCGAGGGAGUCUCAGAAUUCGGUCCCUUUUGGGAUCAUGUUCUUGGCUACUGGAAAGAAAGUUUAGAGAACCCUCAGAAAGUGUUGUUUCUAAGGUACGAAGAUUUGAAAAAAGAACCGAAAAUCCAAGUAAAGAAACUCGCGGAGUUCAUGGGUUAUAGUUGCUCUGCAGAAGAAGAGUCACAUGGAGUGAUUGAAGAUAUAUCAAGUCUAUGUAGUUUUGAAAACUUGAAAAUUUUGGACGUGAAUAAGAAUGGAUAUUGGCAAAAUCUUAUCGAAAACAAAUUCUUCUUCAGGAAAGGUGAAGUUGGUGAUUCGAAGAAUUACUUGACACCUCUAAUGGUUGAACGACUGCACCGUCUCACAGAAGAAAAGAUGCGUGGAUCAGGGUUAGUGUUCGAAUACUAG